AUGAGGAAAACAUGCCUUGAACCCCACGUUGGCCAGCCCACGCAAAGUUCAAGUAUAUAUCCCUCCCCCUCUCUCUCUCUCUCUCCAACUAAACGUGUGUGUGAUGAGAGAAAGCGCCUGUCUCUCUCUCUCUCUCUCUCUCCCUCUCUCUCCCUCUAUCUGAAAGCAAAGAUCCGAGUUUAUCCCAAAAAAAAAAAAAGUAAAAAUGGCAGUGUGUGUGUGUGUGUGUGUGUGUGUGUGUGUGUGUGUGUGUGUGUGUGUGUGUGUGUGUGUGUGUGUGUGUGUGUGUGUGUGUGUGUGUACAAAAACACACAACCCAACCAAAGGAAGCAAAACAUCAACAAUGCACACAAACACACACAAACACACACAAACACACACUCUCUCUCUCUCUGUCUCACUCUCUAA